AGAUGGCGGAACAGAAAGGCUCGGACAUUCUGAAUCAAGCGGACAGUAUGUGGAAAAUGUUGGAUGAUCUGGCUGAUUCAGAUCCUGAAGCAUACAAGAAGUUUAUUGAUAAAACUUUGAAGGAGGGAUCUACCUAUUUUAAGCCACCUGAACCUUGUUUUUGUAUCUCUACCACUUUGCUUCCAACUGUGAUCACUCAUGAGCUAUUUGUGAACAUCUGUGGCUGGGAACAGAUGCUUGCUCCAAAAUCUGAGAAUGAUGCAAUACCUGUUAUGGCUGGUGAAAUAAAGGAGGUCAAGGAUGGAGAGGCAACAUAUUCAGUGGUUGAUGUAAUAGUUCAUCCUGUGGUCACUAAGGGUGUCAUAAACAGUAAAGAUCGUAAGAACCUCCUAGUUCAUGUUGCUCUGGACUAUUUAGAGAAUGCCAAACAAAUUCAAGUUUCAAGAAAGUACAAAAACCUUAAAAAGUCUUUUAAGGGUGAUCCAAAAACCUUGCGAAAAUAUUUACGUCAAGUAAGAGAACAAGCAUUGAAUCCCACCAACUCUGAGGAACAAAGAAAAGGAGUUUCUCAGAGUCCAGAAUCUCUUUUAAGACAACUUUCAUCAAUAACAGUUUCUGAAAGCCAACAAGAUGGAAAUGACCCAAUGGACCUAUUUGAGCGAUUUGCAGAAAAACCAAAAAAAGUUCUCAUCGAGGAAGUAUCAUCCACUAACACUGUGCCUAUGCCAAUAACACCAAGUUAUGAAGUGUUGGAGAAGGAUGCUGAGGAUUCCAAGCCAAAAAGGAUCAUUGUCAAAGUAAACUUACCAAAUAUCAUUUCAUCUUCACAGUGUCAACUAGAUGUGUGUGAGAGUGAAAUGUCACUAGAUUCCCCUGGAGUGUACAACCUUCACAUCAAGCUACCACAGAAAAUUGAUCCUGAAAGAACUGAUGCCACUUUCAACACCAACUCACACAAAUUAAUUGUGAAACUUCCAAUUCAAUCUUGAUGUGAACGUUUGUUUUUUACAGAUAUCACGCUUCAAACGCUCACAUGUUAAGUGUUCUAUUUAUCAUUUAAGAAUGUAUUUAAAAAAAUGGUGUGUGAUUUAUAUGGA